AUGCCUUGGCUAUCUAUUCUCCUUCACAUCCUAUCAAUAGUGGGAACCGGUUUGGCGGCCGACAGCAUUGUGUAUAAGGAUCCCGACACCGGCUUUACGUUUUCUCAAUACAAUGCAAACUACAAAUACCAGAGUCCGAACGUCAUAACCUUUCGAACCGCCGUCCCUACAUCGGCGACGGCUCCGUAUGAUGUUGUCCUACAGUUGACGGCCCUCAAAGAGGUGGCAUGGCUUGGGUUGUCUUGGGGAGGGACAAUGCUCAAUAACCCCUUGACUGUUGUUUGGCCUAACGGAAACACUGUCACUAUAUCAAGUCGACUUGCCACUCAACGCUCUCAACCAACUGCAUAUGCCGGGGAGACACUUCAGGUCCUGAAAACCGGUACCAAGGUCAACUCUACGCACUGGGAGGUCACGCUGAAGUGUAGUGGAUGCACCUCGUGGACAAGUUCCUCGGGAUCGACGACAACACUCAACCCAAACGGCUCCAACAGGCUGGCCUUCGCAUACUCGUCGACCGCUCCAUCGACGCCGUCCUCAAACACGUCGAGCUUUGGUGUCCACGAUCUUUUCGGUUACUGGAAUCAAGACUUCUCUCAAGGACAGAACGCGGAUUUCCAGGCUCUGGUGUCAAAAAAUAGUUAG